CGCUGGCUCACCUCGCACAGCCCCCCAACACACACCAAGCUGAGUCCCCCAACCUAAUCCCCUUCCUCUCCACCCGGCGGCGGUCGAUCGGCCGCCCACCAUGGCACCGCCGGCGCCGUACAUCGUCGACGAGAUCCUGGAGGAGAUCUUCCUUUGCCUACCCACCCCGGCCGCGCUCGUCCGCGCCUCAACCGCCAGCCCCCGCUUCCGCCGCAUCAUCACGGCGCGCUCCUUCCUCCGCCGCUUCCGCGCUCUCCAUCCGCCUCCACUCGUGGGAUUCGCCCUUGAGAAACGUGGCUUCCACCACGCCCAAGAACCCCAUCCCUCGGCCCCGCUUGCCCGCGCCCUUGCCGACCGCGCAUAUUUCACCUACUCCUUCGUCCCCAAGCCCGAUGAUGAUUGGCUCACCGGCCUCAGCCCCUGGUGCCACCGCGACGUUCGCGACGGCCGCGUCCUCCUCGAGUGCAGCUACCUGUGGGACAUCAAGCCAGUCUUUACAAACCUGGCGGUGUGCGACCCCUGGUCACGGAGAUCCACGCUGCUCUUUCCCAUACCAGAGGAGAUGACCGCCCAGCAAGAGCGCCUUAUCGAGUUCGAGCCAAUGCUUGCUCCCAUUGGCGAGGAUGAGGACGAGGUUGAGGAUGAGACCUCGUUCAAGGUGAUCUGCACGGCGCGCUACGAAACCAAGCUGGUCACGUUUGUCUACUCUUCCGUCGCCGUUGAAUGGUGUAUAGCUGCAUCUCCCAGCUGGAACUCUUUGGGCACAGAUGAGCCCCCUGGGAAAGGCUUUUCCCAUUUCAGUUAUUUGCGUGGCUGCUUCUACUGGAGCUCUCUUUGGAAAGACAAGCUUCUCGUGCUCGACACACGCACAAUGGAGUUCUCCACUGUCAACAUUCUCACCGGCUACCAUGUGCAGCUUAUAAACCAGCCUGGUCAGAGUGUGUGCAUGUCUACCAUUGUUGAUGGUACAAAAGGAGCCCUUGAGAUGUUUACUCUUGUUGGUCAUUGCAAGCCUACCUCGUUUUAUAUUUAUCAUACAAGUCAGCAAAACAAUGGCGGACCUUCCAACGGGUGGCAGCUGAAAAAUGUUAUAGCAUUGCCUCCCCGAUGUCUCUAUUAUACCGUGGGUGCAGCUGAGGGAUUCUUAUUCCUUCGAGGUGUUCGAGAAGCUCGGUGGGGUGACAAUGGGGUCUUUCCUGUUGAUGAUAUCGAUUUUUUCUCUCUGGAUGUCAAGACUUCAGAACUUAAGAAGGUCUGCAGCUGCAGGGAAACAAUCUUUAAUCAUCCCAAUCGUGCUCGCCCAUUAUUUGGCUUCCCGCCAUCAUUGUCGAAACCGACCCUAUGAACUACAAAGCGAUGGAUUCCUUGAAGAGGAUCAGGUGGUUUUCCUCUCUGAUGAGCGAUUGCACUGGGCAGCGCCAAGCAACAAUCAAUGGUCCUACCUAGUUGUGUCACCGGUAGCAAGUGAUCUAUGUUAUGCACUUUGUGAGGAAGUGGUGCCCCCACUGUCCUAAUUAAAGGGUUCAUCUGUACAUUAAAACUCUUCUCCUCUGAAUCUACUAUCCACUGUAUAUCUAAUACUCUUCUAUCUACGGACGAGGAUUUGCGGCACGCAAGUGCGGAGGCACUCAGGGCCCUGGUGCCAACUUUUUAUUUUGGCUUCCGAUUUUCAAAGUUCUAUAUCUUUUAAACAAAAAAUCCCAAUUAAGUUAUGUUUUCAUAUUCGUGUUUCUCGUGACCAGCGCUUUGAAAUAAGAUCCAUUUUGAAUAUAUUUUGAUGACUUAUAAAAAAAUGUUAAGUUUUGAAUGUUGAAACUUAGUACGAGCGACCGAUAAAAAUCAAUUAUUUUGUGUCUACAACUGACAGAAAAAAUUGCUUAAAAUAUUAUUUCUGAAACUUGUUGAAACUUUGCAUUUUUAGAUGCAAAAACCGUAAGUUUCAUCGUUGAAACUUAAAGCUUUUUGAGGGAUUUUCUU